CAUCUUACCACAGAUCACGCAGACGCUGGGGACUCUGCCCAACUCCUUCUUCUCGUCCGUCUGCAGCACAGUCGCAAAUUCCUGGAUAGCAGGGGUCUGCGUCAUACGCAACAAAAUGGACGGCAGCUUAAAGCUGCAGUCAGAACUGGUCGCAGCGGCCUGUCGGCGCUUCCAGGCUGUCGUGUGCACCACUCCCGCGCACACGGCUUCAGAGCCCAGCACCCCCGCCCCGCCCGCGCCCGCGUCGCACCCCAGCGUUGACGCGCUGACCGCCCUGCUCCUCGAGCAACAAGAGCUGCUCGCCCGUCUGAGCGCGUGCGGCCUGGAUGCCAGCGGCGCCGGCCUGCCACGCGCCGCAACGGCCCCACACCAAGGGGCUGCGACCCGGCCUGGCGCUGCGCCCCCACCACCAGCGGACGGCGCCGCAGGCGCCCGGACCCCCGGAGCAGCAGCGGCCGCUGCUACCCCCCGUGCCGCGCUGCCAGCUGUCGACGAGGGCACGGCGGAGCUGGCGGCAGCUGCUGCCAAGCGGGAGCGGGUGCUGGGCGCGGGGCUGCAGGCGCUGGGGGCGCUGGCGAGCUCGCUGCGGGGGGUGCUGGAUGACGUGUCAGAACUGGCGCCGGAGGACAAUGGAUACACGCCCAGUGUGCAGGAGCUGCUGGCGUACGGUCACCGCCUGCGCUACACCACCUUCGCCACCACCGGCCUCUUCGCGGGCGAACCGGCGCCUCAGCAGCUGCACCUGGACCACGCGGCCCUGUGGGAGAGGGCGCUGGCGGAGAGGCACGCAGCCAUGGCCACCGCGGCGGCGCCGACGGCUGCGGAGCCGGCCGACCCCGCCACGGAGGCCGCCUGUGCCUCGCUGCUGGAGAACCUGGUGGCAGCCGGGUGGAGCCCCGAGCAGGGCUUUCCGGAGCCCGUCGUGGCCUUCCUGUCCGACAUGCCGGGAGCCAUGGAUGUGCUGCGCCGACUGGUGGAGGCGCGAUUCUUCCCGCCCGCACCCGCCGCCGCGGCAGCAGGCGCCGCAGGCGCCGCCGCCGCGGCAGCGGCGGCAGCACCCGCCGCAGCGGCGGCGCCUGGGGCGCCGGCCGCAACCGCGGCCGCACCUGCUGCCGCACCUGCGGCUGCGGCUGCUCCUGCGGCUCACCCCGCCAGCCGCCUGGUGCACCAGCUGAUGCUGGACGAGGACAGUGACGAGGAGGGCAGCGGCAGCGAGUACACCACCACAGAGGACGGCUCGGACUAGGCGGCAGGGGGAGGCAGGGAGGCAGGGGGGUUGUAGAUACCAGCCCAAACGAAACCGAACUCACUGGAAGUGGAUGAGUGGAGGGAGGGAGGGUGCGCUUGGGGCAGGGGGGUCGCGUGGAUCAAUUCCAAAGCACGGGAACCCGAGACCUGGUACACAGGGGGGUAGGUUGGGCAGGGGCAGGAGUAAUCGGAGCAGGAGUCUGGUGGGGCCAGACGGGUGCGUUGCUGUGCUGCAUAUGACGGUGUGGGUGUGGAGGCCCGUGCGGGCGCCCGACGGUGGCUUGACGGUGGCUUGACGCGGCUGGACGCAAAGGCGCAAGAGCAGUACCAGACGUCUGCCAAUGGGUAAACAUCAAGAGAAACCUUGUGCACGGGUUGGGACCUGCGUUUAGCCCUGAGUUGCGUUCAGGAAGUAAGGGGUACACGGGCAGGAGGGCUUGGGCGGGUGUUGGGCUGCUACUGUUGACAUGCCUGGGUGGAGUGCUCCAAGCGGCCAUGCCGUGCCCCUGGUUGUUGAGGGAAACGUCUGGAAACCGGGACGGAAUCCUCCCGAGUUGGGAAUGCUGGUUAGCCGGGGGAGGAUGAAUGGGGAUGUGUUCAGCGGUACGCCUUUUUCGGGUUUUUUGCGUCCUGGCGUAGUCCAAAAGCGUGAUUCACACAUUAGCGGCCAGAACAGUUGGCGCCUGGCGGGCUGGAUGGUGAGGUGGGUUGUUGUUGUGACUGGGUCAGGCUCACAUGCCCGGCGUGGGUACGCCAGCAUAGGAUCAAAUCGUGGGCAGCAUGACAUGCGAGUGUGAUUUAUUGACUCCUUACUGCCGUGUAGCGUUACAAACCGCCACGGCCCCAAACGAUAAUCCCAAU